AACGUAAAAUCACGGUGUGAUCAGAGUCUUAGGCGAUGAAUGGAAACUCAUCAUAAUUUUCUACAAGAUGUAGCGCUCUCUGACGGUUACUGUCACUGCCACUUGCGAUUCGUGAAUGGAAAAACUCGGUGAAAUCACUCAGAUUUACCGUGAACUUUCCCCCUCUUUUAACCUUCUGAAUUAGACACUGUCUUUUACGGUUCAAAUUUCUCUCCGUGUGUAUGACACAAAUCAAACAUGGUCACGCAUCUUGUAUUUGGAAAUGGAUAUUUUUAUCGCGAUGCCAUAGCGAUGAAUAACAUUGAAGUGAAAACAUUAUCUUAUCAACGAGUUACAUUAUCAGUGAAGACCAUUUAGAUUAGAAAACCGAUUAUUCUUUACACCUGAAACCUUCAGAGUAACGCGCGCACACGAUUCCGAAGUAGAAAAUGGAUUUUCGUCCGGUUAUUUUAUUUUUAUUUUUAAUUCUUCACUCCUCUUUGUGUUUAGAAGAGGAGGAAAAAGCAAAAAACAAAACAAGUGUUGCGAAAGAUGGGGAAAAACAAGUGCUUAAUAAUUCAACAAUUUCUCUCAUAAAUAUUUGUGAUAAGUGUACAUGUAAUGAAACAAGUGUCACUUGUUCCACAUGGGAUAUGAAGACGACAUUCAAAAGUUACAAGUGGCCAAAUAAAACAUUGGAAAUUGUAUCUUUAGAAAACACAUCUUUGGAUGAUAUAACGCAAUUUCCCCCCCUCUCGAUAAGAAAAUUAGUCAUAACUGGGAGUAAAAUUAAAAAAAUUGAUUAUGACUCGUUUAUAAACUUGAACAAUUUUGCCGAAUUAGACUUGAGUCAUAAUGAGAUAAAUUCUACCAUUUUAUUACCAGAUGCCUUCGAGGGUAACUUUUCGGAAGUGAGUUACGAACCUAUGAAAUAUUUGAGAACUUUGAACUUGAGUUUCAAUUUAUUUCAUACAUUGGACCAAGAGAUUUUUAAACAUACAAGAGAUUUGAAAGUUUUGAGCCUAAAGGGAAAUCCGUUAAUCGUGAUUGACUCACCAACACUCACGGCAUUGUCGACUCUUCCAUUUCUUGAGGAACUUGAUCUGAGUUACUGUCAAUUAAGUAAACUACCUGAAUAUAUUUUCCACACAUCACACAAAUUUUUGAGAAGAAUCGACCUCAGUGGAAAUAAAUUCACAACGCCUCCUUUGGCACUCGAAUAUGCAAGAUACGCUAAACUGUUGACCAUGGACAAUAAUCCGAUUCAAUUUAUUGGACGAAGCAACGCUUUUCCUGAACUGCAAGAACUUGAGGAGCUAAAUUUACGAAAUAUGUCACUAUUAACCAAAAUUGGAGACGGAGCUUUUACGAAUCUGAAAAAUUUACAAAUUUUAAGAAUCCAAAAUUGUUCGCAUCUUAAAACAUUAGACGAGUAUGCUCUAGUUUCAAACAACUCGAAAGUCACUACCCCACUAAAGAAACUACUGAUAUCAGAUAACGCCCUUCAAUAUUUGCCAGAGCAUUUCGUCGCAAGAUGGGACAGACUCGAAGAAUUGGAUUUGAUGAACAACCAAUGGAGCUGCGAUUGCGAUAAUCAAUAUCUGAUUGCCAAUAUUAUUCCCGGACUGGGUCACAAACUAAUGGGGGAAAAUGUAAACAAAUUGAAGUGUGUCUUACCUGCGGAGCAUUAUGGCAAAAGACUAAAUUCUCUUGAGCAUCGAAAGUUGCGGUGCCUCGAUUUGUACAGCGCUCGACCGGAGAAGGAUGCAGCGAUUUUGGUCGGAAUUUUAAUUGGCCUGCUUCUAGUGAUACCUGUUGGAUUGACCUCUUUCUUCUUAUGGAAAAGAGGAUAUUUCUUCUGUGGCUCUCAAAAUCCAGGAAGCUUUUCAAGGGCCUUUUACAAACGAACGCCACAUGAUGACAUUUAGGACGCAUUUCUUUAUACCGGGAAAGUAAAUAAAUCCAAAGAAAAAAUUAGGAAUUGAUAGUUUUUCUGAGGAAUAGGAAAAAGAAAAGAAAUAUCACGAUCUGUAAAGGUAAUCUAAAUUUUUAGUGCGACCCUCGCAACUUUGCGCAUGUCCUACUUGACCUGCUUCUACUAUACUUACGAGCACUAAAACGACAUCUUCUUUCGUAAAAAUUACAAUCGUUUUUAACUAUAUAGUCCGAUAGUUUUUCCAAGGUUAUCAAAUUAAGACAAAAAACCUAUCAAAACGUUGCUUCGCAACAUUUUGCUAAGUUUUUUGUCUCUAUUUGAUAUCCUUAGAAAAAUUGUGCAUUCAAUAUUCAUAAAACUUGAAAGAAAUUCGAAACCAACUUGCAAAUUGUGAUACCUCUUAUAAAUAUUCU